UGCUCACAAAGCCAAGUAGUUAUCUUUUUUAUUUUUUAUUUUUUAUUUUUUAUUUUUCGCGCUCGGCGGGUGCCCUGUCCCCGUGGGAAUGGCGGAUCCUGCGGUUGUGGUGGCGAAGCUCGUCCUCCGUUACUGCGGCAACGCCCUAAAUGUUGCCCUUCGUCGCUCCGGCGUCGCCUGGUCUCCUCUCCUCGCGUCGCGCUUGCUCCGCCUCUUCCGGUCAGACGCCAGGAGAUUCCUCCGCCUCCAUCGAUGGCUCUCUCGACACCGCCCCUCCUGCCUCGGCCCUGCCGCUACAGACCUUCUCGUCGACGCCCUUGGCCGCGCCCACCGCCUCGACGCGCUCCGCCGUGCCGUCGACGGCCACAGUUCACCCUCCAUCCGCACGUUCGCCAUUGCCGCCGAGCGCCUUGUUUCCGCCGGUCGGUCGGACCUCGCAGUCCGCUUAUUCCUGGAGUCUCCCACCCCUCCGACCCUCCCUUUACUCAACGCCCUCCUCGCGGCCCUCUGCCGCUCCGGACGCAUCGCUGAGGCUGAGUCCCUGUUUAGAUCCCUCCGCCGGAGGAUUCCGCCCGAUGCUAUCACUUUCAACACUCUUGCUGACGGGUGGUGCCGCGCCGGGUCGGUAGAGCGAGCAGUGGAGACCCUCCGGCGGAUGGUGAUGGACGCGGGGAUCCAGCCGACUGCCGCUAGUUAUAACAUACUCCUGAAGGGUUUCUUGAGGACCAACAGGAUCCAGAAGGCAAUUGAAUUCUUCCGGGAGAUGAUCCGCCGCGGUUGCAAGCCGGACGCCGUCACCUACACCACAUUGAUAAGCGAGUUCGGCCGUGCAGGUGAGGUCGAUCGUGCCUUCAAGAUCUUUGAGGAAAUGAUUGACCCCGGCGGGUGCCAUCCCACUCCAGCCACCUACAAUGCCAUGAUUCAGCUUCUCUGCAGGAAAGUCUCCACGGACAAAGGGCUGAAUCUCUUUAACGAGAUGAAGAAGAAGGGUUACAAUCCAAAUAAGACAACGUACAAUAUAUUACUCAAAGGUCUAUGCGAUGCCCAUAGAGUGGAUCAAGCAAUGGAAUUCUUAACUAGGAUGAAAAAGGAGAGUGAAUUUGGGCCAAAUACACAAACAUACAACAUCUUGAUACGGGGUUUCUGCAUGGUUGGUGAGAUUGAGAGAGGAAGGAUACUUUUAGCAGAGAUGGGAAAAGAUGGUUGUAUUCCUGAUUCUGAUAGUUAUAGUAUCUUAGUUAGUGCUUUUUGUGCCACGCGGAAAAAGAACGAAGUUUUGGAGUCAGGCAAGUUACUGCAGGAGAUGAUUGAAAAAGGGUUCACUCCUCCAAGGCUGACAGUCAACCGGGUCAUGAAUGGGCUCAUCAUGACUGGUAAUCAAGAGUUUGCAAGAGAGUUCUUGAGACGGCAUAGCCAGUGCGGUCGUCUUCCUUGUGCAAUCAGGCUAUGACGUUCUAAAUGGAGUGAAAUCUGUAAUGGAGCGACAUCUGUCAUAGAGCUGCAAUGAAGCUUCCUUUUCGGGGAGCUGAAAUUUGACCUUGCAACAUGGCCUUGCCAAUGAAGCUGCUUGUGUUCAUUUUCCAUUUUAAAAUCCCGCUACAAGUUGCAAGCAACAGGUGUUGGACACAAACUGUCUUGCUUCUGAGCGACAUUCAAGUAACUUUGGUACAAUUGGAUUUGAAUGUCCUAAAUGAAACAGCUGAUAUCAAUGUCAUGGUCUUGCAUGAACCAUCUUCGAUCAAUAGCUGAUUUGUGUUCGUGGAAGUUCUUUUCGUGGACUAGGAAGUCAUUUGAUUGGUCCUGCUGCUGUGGCAUGUUUUGUUCUAGCUCUUGAGCUUAAGCAUUAUGGCAAUGAGAUGGAUGAUCAAUAUUCACUUGAUAAUUUCUGUGAUUAGUCUCUUCAUGGUUCCUUUUUGGAAGAGUUGGCAUUGGUCACUAGUUCCAGAUAAUGCUGACGAAUCUUUAGAACCAUGCUUUCAGCUGAGUGGUAGAUUAUUGAAAGUCCGUUUUCAACUCUAGCUUCUGAGAAAGAUAAUAGUCAUGUAACACUUCUGUGAUCAUGUGAGAUGCAAAAUAUUUGGGCGUUGUGCUUCACGGCAAUUUGCUACUUCCAGGGCCCAUGCUUUCAGCUUAAUGUCGAACUGUCUCAAUCCUGGCUUCGCUUCUUAUAGAUAGUCACUAUGCGUGAAAAGGACUUCUGUGGUCAACAUGUGAGACAACUGAAAGAUUGAGUUCAAGUACAGAAUUCUUGGACGAUGCUGUGGCCCUCUAGUUGAAACAAUGAAUCUCCAGUGAUACUUUCGCUGUGGCCUCUCUUUUUUUAACCAACAGCGAAGGUUCUGAAGAAAAAUACAGAGACAAAGACCAAACGAAUAAGCUUGAAGUGUUCUUUACAGUUUACACAGUCACGAUACAAGAAGUAGGAAGCCUAUGAGCUUCUUUAAUAUGCAUAUUCUAAUUUUAGAAGUUAUUAUGCUGUACAUGUACUGUAAAAAUCAAAUAACUGUGCCCCAUGCAUUUGUACUUCAAUAUGAAGAAACAACGCUUUGUACAAACAAAGCUGAUUCGCGAAACUAGCGGCUCUAAUUUGUUCGGG